GCCUCUGUUUCUCACAUAGAGAGGAGAGAAGGACAGUGAGGGAGACAAGAGUGGAGAGAAGAGGAGAAGCAGAGGGGAGAACAGCGGAGAAAUGCCUGCUGGGCGGAUGGAUCUGAUUCUCCCAGAGCUGCACGAGCCUCUAUAAGACAACAUGGGCUGCAUAGGAUCCAGGACGAUCACAGAUGCGGUGCCAGUACGGAAAGAUGGAGAUCAGCAUGGCCGUACCGAGUUUUCCUGGGAAGGAAUCAAUUUGUCUAUGGAGGAUACUACUUCUAUUCUGCCACGACUCAAGAGGAAGUCCGCCAACAGUUAUGGGAUUGGUGCCCUGGCUAAGUCCUCUCUGACAGGUGUGUCAGGUGUGACCCGGUCCAUGAAGGACAAGGUGACCAAGCCCACUGCCAUGGCCCAGGGUCGGGUCGCCCACAUGAUCGAGUGGCAGAGUUGGGGAAAACCAUCGGCGGGGCCGUUAGGGGGCGCGGGUCAUACCAAUUUGCAGCGACAAAAAGAGAGGAGGAUGGAAAACGACGCUUACAGCGACCUCAGUGAUGGCGAGAAGGAGGCUCGCUUCGCAGCAGGUAUCAUGCAGCAGUUUGCGAUCUCUGAGGCGACUCUGUUUGGCUGGAACUCGAUGGAUGGGGAGAGUAUGGGAGCCGGCUCCAACCAGGGCAGCGUCGCUCACCUGAGCGAGGUCAACCAGGAGAGUAUUACCAGCAGAGGUACAUGUACUUAACAGCUUUGGAUGCUUUAGACUUUGUCUAACUACAUGUUUAUAUGGAAAAACUGAUGGAAA